AUGCGAUGCACGGUCUGUAAUCCUUGGCGUGGUGCUUUCAAGUGCCGGAGGAAGCAGUACCAUGGGGUGCGCGCCGCGGCCCAGUUCAUUGCGUCAUUGCUGCGCAGUACUCCUCUAUCGGCACCCCCGGGGUCGAGUGACGUGUGUCACGAGCAGCUGGCAGACGCGUUGCUGGGUGUUCCGUCUUCGUUGGCGCACGAGGGGCCACUCCAUUCCAGCCACCUGACUGCCUUCGCAGCCCUUCGCGAGGGGGAGUUGGUGCACAUGUUUGGCGGUGCUAUGCCGGCGGAAUUGGAAGCGCCACCCUCAAGGCACGUGUCAGAGUUGUGGUCCCCCGCACUGCAGCAGAGGUACGUGCGUGAAAGGCUGUGUGCACGGGCUGCGGAGUCCAAAACGGCCAUGCCUCCCCGCUUGGAGGCCGGCUUGGCUGCGCUUCGUGUCUUUGGUAAUGUGGAACAAAGGACGCCGCCUGUAGGUGACUGCAGCUGUGAUAAGAAGGUGAGCGUCUCCGUCAAGAGGGAGUUGCAUGAGGGCGAUCUGCCCCCGGAAGAAUGGCAGGCCAGGGCACAACAAUGGCGCAAACUCAUUGACGCCUACACGCUGAUGUUGCCAGACCGCUCACCGCUGCAUGAGUUGGAGAACCUGCCACAGGAAAUUGCCAUUGGCGGGUUGCUGUCAUCCGCGCUCGCCUUGCUCAAGGAAACCGGCGGCGAGACAAACCUCCGAACGAUUAUAGAUGUCGGUGGGGGCAAUGGCUUCCUAGCAGCGCAACUGGCAGAGCGCUUCAAAUGCGAGUCGCUUAUAAUUGACCCGUUUACGCCCACACACGCCAUCGACAAUGAAGAAUUCCUGCACUGGACGGAGACGCCGAGGCUUCGACCACGUGCGCCACGUCGUUACCCCCUUCAUCGCAUCACAUGCCGCCUGCCGGAUGUGGACUGGCGCAGCACCUCGGUGGAAUUUGACCGCUCGGCCAUGAUUGCAAAGCAUCUGUGCGGCACCGCCAUUGAUGUAUGUUUGCGUCACCUGCACGCACUAGAGAAGCUGCCCCGCGUAGUGGUGGUUGUGCCCUGCUGCUUCAACAAAGGCUUCUACGCUGAUUACUGCAACCCCACGUAUCUCCACGACGCGGCCUCUCUGAAUUCGGAUCUGGCAUGGAAUCGAUGGUCGCGGCUGACCGACUGGAAUCGCUCGUGCUACCAGUGGGUGGAUGACUCUUUUUCGGGCACUGUCAACGCCGCUGGUUGUUUGACAUGCGACACCGAAGGCACAAGAAGUCGGCGUGAAGGUAAAAAGAAAGUAGCACACUUUCUGCCAUGCAUGGAUGAUGUCGCCACAAUGGUGGAGGCUGUCAUCAACCACGGGCGCGUACUAUGGCUGCGCAGUGUGGGGUACCACGCAUCUACCGUUGAAUACGUCCCACGCUGCGUGACGCCGAAGAAUUGUGCCAUUGUGGCCGUGCGACGUUCUUCCUUCAGGUCUUUUUCACUCCCAUAG